CACUCGGAUUUUCCACGGCGGACUCAAUGCGGCCCUCAGCCCCUCUUCUCAUUCGCGACAGGUGAUACGCAUUCCGUUGCGGCUAGAUGGAGACCUAUGGCGUCCGGAUAUAACUCAACGUUCUCGACGACGUCGACCCAGCAUCGUGCUGUGGGAGAUGGGCGAUCAUACUCCAGUCUUGAUGAUGGCUCCGUGGAUGGAAGUUGGCCGGGGGUCGCUUCGAGGUCGGGGAGAAAUGCUCGAUCGGAAUCUGGAGGUAGUGCGACCAUCGGCUUUCGGGCAGCGCCGUCGUUGGCCCCCUCGUCUGGGUCUGGGGGCCCAGGUAGCUUCAGUUCUGAGCUAAAAAGCAUGAAAACCUCACGGAGCACAACGCCGCGGCCCGAUGCUACGUUUAGGCGCAGAGGGAGCAGUAACGUCGAACCCGACGACCUGUCAAGUACCGAGGAGCGCCAGGCUGCGAUUCGAAAUAAGAUUGCGAAGGAGAUGAAAAUUAAAACUGGGACGGAGAAUAUGCUCGAGGCAUUACUGGCCAAGAACCCGAAACAAACAAAGGAGCAGAGGUUAAAGGUGGAAUCCGAGUUGAGCUCGUCGAAUCGAAAGCUCGCCGAACUCCAUCAUGAACUGGAGGAGGAACUACUACGUGCGCAGGCGCCGUCCACUCCUCCGCGGAGUCGCCUAUCAUCUCUGUUCCAGGGUAGCUCCUUGCGAUCACCCUCUCGCAGCAAUGUGGAGUUGGACGAGGGUCAGCCGGAGGAUGGAGAGGCGGAAAUGGAGUCACCGACAUAUGUACUUGCAGAGACAUUACAAGCACUGGAGAUUGAGGGCAUGUCACCAGACUACUACGUUGAGCGUGCAAAUAGCCUUGUUGAGCUCUUCAAACGACACCCCACCUUGAAAUAUGACCUAGCGUGGUCUGUCUUCGGCUUGCGCGUUCAGGUCAUGCUCCUAAGUGACAACAAGGAAGUCGUGGCGGCUGGAUACAGGUUGACUCGCUAUGCCAUUGCGGAUCGGAAAUCCCUCCACAUCAUUCGUGCAUUGCACACAGACGAGUUGGUAAUCUUGUCGCUCGUCAAAGAGAGCAAAGCAAGUAUUGAGCGUGAACAGGCCUUGAAAUUUGUCAGGGCUUUUCUGGAUGUCAAGGAUGGUGUGCGUGAAAUCUCGCGUGCUGUGGUGCGGACUAUUGUUUCUGUUGCUGAGCAUUACGACGAUCGCCUCAGAAACAUAUCGAUUAUGACCCUCGCCGAAAUUCUGGUUAAAGAACCAGAACUCAUUGCUUAUGCUGGUGGCUUUGCGACAUUGCAUGAUGCCCUAGCAGAAGGGACAUUCGGCGCCUCCGAGUCUCUGAUAGCGAGCUUUCUGCAUGUACUUGACACCCCACAGAGUAGGAAACACCUGCGAGGAGGGACCGAGCUCGAAGCUGUUCUUGCACCCUUUACCGAUUCACUAGCAGAUAGCGUUCGCAAUGGCCGGUUAAAGUCAUCAGCUAAAGCUAUAUCAGCAAUGCUCAAGACGUGGCCGGGCUUAGUAGUCCUUGCAAGGAAUGGUGGAAAACCUCUGCAGUCGCUCUUGGAAUCUUUGCACUACCCUGAUUCGCAGGCCAGAGAUCUGAUCAUGGAGCUCUUGUUUGAUGCCCUAAGGAUUAAACCACCAUCAUGGUCUUCAUCUUUCCUGGCGGGUCGACGGCUCACGACUUAUGGCAGAGUCUCAAAUCUUCGGUCAGAGACAGACACCAAGCAAUACCGCGGGUAUUACGACGACAAUGAGAGUAAAUUUGACCUAACAGCACACUUCUCUACCCUCAUCCUUGCGACCUUAGUGGAUGCAGGAUUAUCCAAGGCGCUCUCGGAGCUCAUCGAGGAUGAAGAGGAUUUGUCUCUUAGACGUAAAGCAACAUUGCUCUUGACCGAAGUUUUAAAGCUAGCCCAACACUCUUUGCCACAAGAAAUUAGUUCCAAACUCCAGGUUCUUCCGCACUUAUUGCCCGCCGCAAUCAAGUUUGAUGUGGACAACCAUGAUGUUUCUAUGGCCACAAUAUAUCAGAUUGAGAGCAUAAAUAGAACUUUGGCCCGUUCGGUUGGUUUCUCGAAUGGGGCAGGGCGAUAUAGUGUGGAUGUUGACAUCUCCGCCUCUCUUCUGUCUAGUGACCAAAGCAAAGACAGAUUGAGCCCUACAAUGGAUGAAACCCAAUUUCGCAAUGCGAUUCUGGAAACGCAUGUCUUGAACACAGUGAAUUACCUAAAGUGGAAAUGGGAUCUUAUCCACCGCAUCGUCGAGGGGCCCCUGACGAACCCCAAGAGACUGGACGAGGCGAUCAAAGGAUCCAAGUUCAUGAAGCGACUCAUGGGAUUUUAUCGGCCUUUCAAGUAUAGGUUCUCCAUGCUUCCGAAUACCAAGCCAAACCAACGCUAUGUUCGAACAGGUUGUGCGCUGAUGCGCACCCUAGUCUCGAUUCCCGAGGGAACAAAGUAUUUGGCUGAGAACAAAUUCCUUAGGCAGGUUGCGGAAUGCCUUGCUCAAGUAGACCGCAUGAGCGGGCUGACAUCCUCAUCGCCUCUCUUCUCACGAGAACAGAUGGCUAACACAUUGAGCGGCGGGUAUUUUGCCCUACUAGGCACAUUAACUGGCGAUACCAACGGGCUUGCUAUGAUGGAGCGGUGGCACAUGCUCAACAUGUUUUACCAUAUUAUUGAGCUACGCGAUCGAGACGAUCUCAUACAGACUCUUCUAGGCAAUAUGGAUUACACACAAGACAGCCACCUGAGAGUUAUACUAUCUAAGGCUCUCACGACAGGCUCGAAAGACAUUCGUAUAUUUGCGACCAAGCUGCUCCGGAAAUACGCAGUGGGCAAUGUUCCACUCUCUCCACAGAUGGCCAUAGGCAAUGCCGACUGGGUUGUCAAGCUUCUUGUCACCCAACUAUACGAUCCUGACGUGUCUGUAUGCCAGAUGGCCGUAAAGAUUCUCGAAGAAGCAUGCAACCAUCGAGACUAUCUCGAGUUUGUGGUCAAGUGCAGGCCAUCCUUGGACCAUCUUGGUGAGAUCGGCGCACCCUUGCUCUUGCGCUUUUUAUCCACCUCAGUAGGUUAUCACUAUCUCGAUGGACUCGACUACAUCACGCAAGAGAUGGACGAUUGGUUUCUGGGCCGGAACGAUGCGUAUGUGGGUCUAGUGGAAGCUGCUUUAUCACGGGCCUACGUCGAUCAGCCGCGCAGAGGCAGUUUUGUUCCGGAAGAUCUUGUCGAUCUGCAGGAUAUCGGGCUGGUCCCACCGCAUUUUUAUCGAGAGCUGGCCCGAACCGCGGAGGGCUGCAAGCUUCUUGAACAAUCGGGUCAUUUUAGCGAAUUCGCCUGGACCAUCCGCGAUUUCAGUCUGGACGAGGAAGACACCGAGGUUCUGCUCAAAGUCAAGGGCUGUCUCUGGGCUGUUGGGAACGUUGGUUCCAUGGAAUUAGGCGCCCCGUUCCUCGAGCCAGACAUCGUUGAGCGCAUAGUUAAGAUCGCUGAAAGUGCUGAGGUUCUAACGAUGAGGGGAACCGCAUUCUUUGUCAUUGGUUUGAUCUCCCGUAGUCGACAUGGGCUCAAGGUACUGAGAGAUUUUGGCUGGGAUUCUGCUUUCGAUCAGAAGGGGAAUUCUCUUGGACUCUGCCUCCCUACCGAUUUCAAUAAAUUGUUCCUGGUGGACUUCCCUUCACAUUCUAGAAACCGAGAAUCCAAACGCAUAUCCCAAGACAAGUUCAAGGAAGCUACCACCGAUCCAGAUCCCACUAAUCAAAAGAUUUUAAAGCUCAUUGUCGACAUGGGUAACACCGUCUUAUCCAAGCGAGCAGCGGCGGAUCUUCAUAGCAUAAAGUCAAAACAACCCGAACGAUUCCAUCAACCACACCUAUUCCGCAAAACCCUUAGCAUCCUCGAAAGCCACCACUUCCGCCUCCCUGCCCGACGCUUCGCCCUGGACUUGUUCGAUAAAAGCGUCAUGCGACGAAUAGUAAUGGAAGACGACGCAGAUACCGACUCAGAAGCAGCCUCCUCCCAGGAGUCGAGCUAA